AAAAAUUGGAACAAUUGAGUGCGGGAGCAGGAAAAUCAACGGACAGGAUCAUCGCACGCUUCACCGUUCGCGGAACUGCGAGUCACCUCUGGCACGAACAACCGCGUCCCUUUCAGCAAGCCCAACAAAACCGACAACGAAGAACAACCGUAAGGCUACGCAAGACGUCGGCGGGCAGUGAGCGGAUGGCGACAAAAGAUCGUGCAAAAAGCCAAUUUUGAGCGGUUUGCUGGGCUGUCGCAAAGUAGCAAAAUAGCAUUUGACGGAUCAGACUCAUCAACCUAGGAGGCUACAUUGGAUGCGCCCGGAAUAGAGUUGGUUGUUGUUUGCUCUGGAGAGUAGGAUUACCGUAAAGGCCGGAAAGCAUUCCGUAAAGGCUGCAAAAGUAGGCGAGCAAGCAAGGGUUCCGGGAUGGAGGAGGAACUGAGCGAUGGUGACAUCGUGUGGGUGAAGGUGAGCAACAGCUGGUGGCCGGGUGAGGUGAUGGGCAGUUCGCGCCUGACCGAAGAGUUCCUAUCCUCGCUCCGGAAAAAGCCGCUGGCGGUGGUCAAAUUCUUCCAGGAAGAUUCCUACGAAUACGUAAAAAAUCCAAACUUUAUCUUCAAAUAUAACUGUCCGCGCAAGCAUGAAUUUCUUCGCAAAGGUUUAGAACAAUAUCGUGCUAAGAUGAAGCACAUGGAAAAGUUCCCGGCCGAUGUAAUGCACGCCGAACGUGCGACGGGGGGCGAUCCGGAUAUUGUUAAUUCAACUGACUAUUUACCACAGAAGAAAGAACGCCAUUCGGGAGCAUUCCAGGAUGGACGUUCUCCUGUUGGUAAAGGAAAAGGGCUAAAAGAAAAACCUAAUACGCCAGCCAAACUGAACACACCACCGUUCUCGUUCGGGUCGGGACGCAAAACGAUUCACGAAGUUCGUAUUUUAGCGCAACCUUCCAGCACUCCAUCCGACGGCGAGGCCGGUGUGUCUCUCCCGACAGACAAAAUGAGCCCCGGGGUCGGAGCGCAUUCGGUACAGUCAUCUCCCAGCCAGGUGUAUCAUUGUUACAAGUGUAACAAUUACAGUGCCAACAGGCAGAAUUUGAUCAUGCUGCAUAUAAAACAUUGCCGAGCAACCUAUGCUAUAGGUAGUGGAGGUGGUGGUGGCGGUGGUGCAGGUGGCAGUGUUGGUGCCGUAUCUUCGGCAAAUACCUCAACGCCAACAGCACCUGCUCGUAAAGCUUCGUCCGAGAAGAUGGAUGAAUCUGCCGAAGAGGUCGACCCCGAGCCGGACAUCAAGCCCGAUCGUGCUCGGCGAUCGUUACCAGUCGCAGACAAAGCAAAACCGCUUGAGACGCCGAUCCGUAAUGUCGACGUACCAGCUGCGGCUAAGAGCGAGCCGCCAUCCAGUGAGAAACGAACGCGUGGAGGUCGCAAAACAACACCGACCGUUCAGACUCCCAAGCAAAAGAAAGGUCGGCAAAAUAAGCCCGACCAAUCGUCGUCGGUUCUGGACGAGGUUAAACAGGCCUCUGCUAAAGUAAGCGAACACGAGGACACUCGACCUUCAGCCAACGUCGACGUUACAGUGGAAGAUGAGAAGGAAGAAAAUCAUCGACAGAACAGAGGAAAGGGCAGCGUUUUGGUUAGUCACGAAGAAUCACCAACCCAGCAUGCCGUGAAGAAUAAAACGGACGUUAAGCUCAAGAACGAACUGCUAGCCGACUGGAGCGAAGACGAACAAGAGGACGAUGAAGGUGAUAAGCUGGUGGGAGGAGUAGAAAAUGUAGAGGAAAAAAAUCCCACCAAGGAGAGUCGAAAAGAUACUCCACCAAAAGAUGUUUCGCCGGUUCGAACCACAAAAGCGAGUACCAGAAAACAGCAGAAAGACACAAAGCAAGAAACAAAACAACAGCCGCUUGCGUCGAAGAAGACGGCCAAGCCGGAAGCCAAAAAUGAAACCAAUGCAAUGGCCAAGAAGGAUGCGGAGAGUGUUGCAGUGAAAGAAACGGAAAAAGAUCCAGAGAGUCCUCCGGAAAGCAAUACAGUUGUAGCUGCUACGGCUCCACCUGUGACUGCGGCGACUGCUGGCAGUGUUACAACGGCCGUUGUGUCAACAUCAUCAGCAUCUAGUUCUGCGCCCAUCGUUUCACCGCACGCCACGAUCAAGUACCGGAACAUCCCGAAAAAGCAAAAGCGCGAAUUCAUCGAAGUGACCAAUGACGAUGUGUCCAUGGUGCAGGAAAAGUACGCUGUACCAUCGCGUGAAGGAAGCACGGCUAGUAGCUCCUCAACGACAGGUUCGAACGAAUCCUGUGCCGGGCCAUCUCAAAGUAUCGUACCUCCGACAGCACCGGCAGCCGAACGUCCGAUUAGUGCGAAACAGCUCAUACUGAACCGUGCUACCCGUGGAUCCAGCAAGUCGUUAAGUGGUGAUGAAAUCACGGCUGCACCUGCGCCCGUGCCGACUGACCACACUACGCCCGCGGUCAGUACGGACACAAACGCUGUGCAGGAGGAACGGAAAUCUCAUAUUGAUGAUUCGGCAAAGAAAACGGACGUCCAGCAGCAGGAGACCUCCUGUUUUGAUUUCAAUGACGACGAAGACGUUCACCAGCAGGAAAAGGUAUCACCAGCGUCACAAACAUCCCUAAUGACGGCACGAUUUGAUCGCAAACGAGAUCAAGCGGUAGCGGCCCGAGAAAAACCCACUACCGUAGAGCCGGAACCGUCGGAAGUUGAUCGGGAUGCACAGUUGAGCCAGGAAAUUGAUUCACUGCUAGGUGAAACAAAUGUACCGAAACUGCCGGAAGAUUUAAGCGACGUAAUGACGGCCGUGUCCGAUAAGAUCGACUGUAAUCGUACCCUACCGCCGAAGGAACGUGGCAAGCGAAUCUUCAAGACUCGUAACAAGACGGUCACUGCAUCUUCGUCUUCGUCACCAAAACGCGACGACGCUCCCGUCGGCGAAGAGGUAGCUCCUUCGGAGGGAUCUGUCCCAGCAGAGGCGGCGAACAAUAAUGGUGAUUCGAGUUCUUCUGCUAGUGAUGUGGUGAAAGACAAAACUGACAAGGAACAGCAGCCACAGCAGCAAGAAGCUUCUGAAGAGGAAAUCCAAACCGUAAAGGGUAAGGACGAAUCCAAGAAUCGGGAAGAUGACCAGAACCCAUCCGUUACAUCGUCUGCGAUGACAGACGAAGUUCUACCCGAGGACAAGGAGCUGCAGCAGAAGCAGCAGCACCAAGCUGCCAAGAAAAAACGGAAAUCGGACGAAGUACUACUUCCUGAUAGCAGCGGUAACGGUGAUCAGCCGACCGUGCCUGCAGCAACACGCCGUCGCGGCAAGUAUAGUAAAGCCGUGACGGAUGUGCAUGAAAAGUCUGCGGGCGAGAAGUCUGUAUCCACACAGCCAGUGUCGGAGGCUCGCGAACCAUCGUCUGUGUCGCGCAAAGCAAAAAGGCUUCGUAAGGAAGGGCCAGAAUUAGAUGAGGCCACACCCGCCAACACGGACGGGAGCGACAAAAGUAGCGCUGAAGUUGCAAAAGUAACAAAACUAGUCGUUUCUAGCGAAAUAGAAACGAGUGUAGCAAUGGAUACGGCAGAAGCUACCGAUAAUUCGAAUGAUUUAUCUGCUGUUGAAAAGCAAGAAGCUACCGAUGGUGCGUUGGCCAAACAUUUGAAAACAAAUCACGAGGAAAGCGCAGAUACACAGCAAGAUGCAGCCGCCACCACGCUUCUGACCUCGAAAGCUACACCGACAGAUCUGCAGGUAGCGGAAGCGUUGAUAAAUCUGCCGGUCGUGGUAACAGCGCCGCUUCCCGUGAGCAGCAGCAGUUCCAGUUCCGCCGUGGAUGAAGAUGUUGUAUCAAAAGCAAAGGUUGUGGCUGUAGAACCAGCAAAAGAAGCAGAUACGACUGCUAGCUCCAGCACUCAAGCGGUAUCAGUCUCGGUAGAGUGUGCCGGACAGCCGACACCAAACAACACUAGCAGCAGCAGCAGCAGCAGCAACAAUAGUAGCACAGCGAAAAGCAUUAACCCUCGGAAGCGACAUCUUCAAUCGAUGAUGCUGACCACGGCAGAAGCGACGAACCUACCGCAGUCGAAGAAAGUGGCGGCUGUUGUGGAACCACCAAUGACGACAGGUGGAAUUGAAAAAGAAAUUACCACCGUCAAGGUGGUUUUGCCGCCCGAGGAAGACCCUCCAUCCAUUCCAGAGAAGAAGAAGCGUAACGAAGUGUUGACCGAUGGCGAGGAGAUGGCAUCGAAAGAAUCUUCCCCAGUGUCGGCGGAAGUUGAAAAGCUUGACAUCAACAGUAUGCCAAUCGUAAUGGAUGAAGGUGAGCUGUUGGUAGAUGGAACAUCCUCCAUUCCCGCUCCCGCUGGCGCCAUUACAGUCAUGAAGAGUGUCAACGGUGCUGGAGGUGGGGCCGCCAAGCCGCCGCUGGUAGCGGCCACCUCAAAAGAUAAACGGCAAACGACGGUGGCGAUGGUAAAGGGAGGCAAAGCUUCCACCGAGCAAAUUGUGAUAACGAGCAAAGGAACCGUACUAACCACAUCGACAGCGAGCGUAAGCGUCGCGUCGAAAUUCCCCAGCUCCACUAAAUCGUCGGUAACGGUGACGAGCGCAAUAACACUUUCUUCCAGCUGCCGUGUCGCCAGCUCCACGCCAGCGCCAAGCGUGUCCUCUCCACCAUCGUCCGCUUCGUCGGCAGCCGCCCCGCAGUUAGUACCACCAAAGAUCAUUAUAACGAAGAAGCCGCUACCGCACGCUGCAUCCACUUCUACGGCUUCGUCCAAGACGGGCAGCGCUGAGGGCUCCGUUGGUUCGAAAGCGCACGACCGUCGCGUGUCCGGCGACGGUGCUUCGUCCUCGGUGUCUUCUUCCUCUGGCAGCGAAACGAUCACCGGCAAGAAAAGUCACCGCGUGCUCAGACUUACGCCGCAAAAGCUGAAAGAAUUUAGCCGCCUCGGUUACAUCGAGGAGCGGCAGGGCAAGGGCAAAAUGCUGACCAAGAGUGGGAUGCGGCAGUUGUACGGAAAGCAACAGCAGCUGCAACAACAGCAACAGCAGCAGCAACAACAGCAGCAACAACACGUUUCGAGGAAGAAACCCGUCCCAAUUUCCACGAAGAUCAUCACGACGACGGGUGGUGGUGGUGCGGAUCUUGCUGUGACACCCGAUAGCCACAGUAGUAGCGCCCGGCCGACAUCACUGCCCGAGGUUGCUUCCUCCGGUAGCAAUGUGGUGAUUGCGGCAGCGGCCGAUUCGUCCGUGCAGGAAUCAUCCACCACGGUUGGACGCACCGCAUCGACGGAUCCAAGCGCGGUGGACAUGGAGGAGGACGAAGAGAUGCUUGAUCAGCAAAAGGUUUCCUCGGGGGAGGCGGGAGAGCUUCCUGCGUCGACGCAUGUCGCCCCAGCCGGCGGUGCGGCUAUUUUGUUGGAGGGUUCACCGUCCAGUAGCGGAGCUGGUGCAGCGGAAGUAAUCCUUGGCUCGAGUGAACUAGCCGUCGUUGGUGGAGGAUCCGUGACGGAGGCCAGCAGCAGCAGUACCGGUGGCAGUGGCAGCGGGACCACAGCAACCGGGGAGCAAGAAUCAUCUCAGCUGAUCGCCGUACCUGCCGAGAACUUCGGUGGGCCACCGCACCUGUUUUACCUGUGCUCGGUGCGCGACGAGAGUCUCGUGCCAGUGAACAACGAGCUGCUCUACCUGGACGCUUCGAAUCAGCUGGUAGCACUACCCGAGCAGCACCAGCAACAUCCCUCCCAGCAGCAGCAGCAGCAGCAUCAAGGCCAGCAGCAACAGGCGGGGGGAACAUUGACGGAAGAGAUUAUCAACCAGGCGGAAGUGAUCAUCCCUACCGUGGGCGGUAGCAAUGGAGCAGAGAUGGGAGGUGAUGGAACCGGCGAAGGUAGCACUACUGCCAUCGCCAACGCAACCGCUGCCGUGGGAAGCGACGGUGCGCAGGAAGGCUUCGUGUUCAACACACAGGACGGGCAGCAUAUCAUACUCGAUCCGCAGAGCUUGAUGGCGCUGGCGGCCAGUGGCGAUACGCCGCACCUAAUAACUGCGGACGGCCAAGAGAUCAUACUGCAAGAAACGGCACAGGAGUGGUUAGCGGCACUAUCCGCAGGCCAACACGCGCAGCAACAGCAAGCCGGAGCAGUUAGCACGCUGGUUACGCCGGAAGGGACACAAAUUAUCGUCGCACAUGAGAAUGCUGGCCUGAUUGAGCUGCAAGAACACCCGGUACUACUACCGACGGAGAUCAUCCAGGUGAACCCUAAUACCACGGUCGAAACCAACGCCGUGCUAACGAAACCCCCGAUCAUGUCGACCGUUGAGGUGCCGACCAAGAACGGCAUCGAAUCGGCCAGCCGAAUCGGGGAUAGAAAAUUGGCUGCUGCCGUGUCUCCUCGAAUGGCUUCCGGCAGCACUACUCCUGCUGCUGGAGCAUCGUCCACUAGCAGCAGCAGCAGCAGCAGCAGCGGUAAAGCUUUAACAUCCACGAUUACCGCUGGCUCGGGUUCGAAUCUCGACGAAACGCUGGCAGCCGUCAUCGGGCAUGUGCCGAGCAAUCCGCACGUGCCGACCUCGCUCGAGCUACCGAUCACCGUUACCAAUCCGGUCAUUGCGAAAACGAGCACCGCUAGCAGCAGACUCAAUGCGACGGCACCGCUCUUUCCCCUGACGACGACGGCCGCUACGGUCGUUUCUUCGUUUGCGGACGCUAUACCAGCUGCGGCAACCGUGGUCCUUGUGUCCGGAGCUGAUGCCCCAGGUACGAUCGAUCAUGUUCCCCAUCCUCGUUCUCCAUCUCCAUUCGCAGCAGCGUCGUGUCCUUCUCCAGCAGCUGAGGGGCAGGAAGCGAGAAAGGAUAACGGUGCAGAGCAGGAAGAGUUAGAGAAAGUGUCCGAAGAAGCAAGCAUGAUGACUGUUCAGGAAGAAGAGGGUAAUGACCACGAUGGCGACCACGCCGACGAUGGUGGUGGUGACGCGUCAGGGAAGGAAAAAUCAGCCUGCUUCGAUGAGGAUGAUAUUCAAAUUCCCAGCACACCGGAAUCGGCUCAGCACAACGACGAAAGGCAGCAGCAGCAGUACGAUGACGAGUUGAUGGCAAGCGACGAUGAACAGCGUGAGCCAAACGAGAACCAUCUGCUGUUGGCGAAUGAGAACUCGAACUGUAGCGAAAUCAUUGCCAUCCAGCCGAACGUGGUCGUGCUCGAUGGUGACAUGCUACUAAACUCACCCGGAAACGAAGACGAUGACGCAGAUGAUGAUGAUGGCAUCGAUGAUGAUCUGAUGGAGAACGAAAGUGAAGAGGAUGGCGUAAUGACGGUGCAGCAGCAGCAGCAGCAACAGCAGGUGGUGCAAGAUGUGGUUCAGGGCCGUUCCUUCGAUCAGCGACCACAACAGCAGGCUCACAGAGCGCGUAGCCGUGUGCCACCGGCGGCAAAUAGAGCCAACGGCCGGCCAGAUAAUACGGUGAACUUGGCGGAGCAUCAUAAUAGUAGUAGCAAUAAUGAUAGUGGGAUUGAUACCAGCAUGGCCGCCGGUGGUGUUGCGGCAUGUGAAGCCGCUGCUGCCUCUAGUAGCGGUGAGGGUACACCAACCACCGUACGUCGGCCAAUCGUCGAACGAUAAGCGAUCCGGCGGGUUUGAUUUCAGAAGUUUCUUUUGCCUGUGUGCGUGUGUGUGUCGUCUGUGUGUUGUGAGUUGCCCCCGAAAUCAGGCACACAAUUAUUACAUGGAGCGCGAAGAUUCCCUCAUCUGCUGACAAGUUACGCGAGGGGAGAGGAACCGCAAUCGCAGCAACAGAAUGUGAAUCGAAUUUUAUGACCCAUUUAACCAGCAUCGUAUCCAUAAGUCUCCAACAAGCAUCACACACACAUACACAUAAUUCGCUCGUGUGUUGCGCUUGUUUUAAGCCUCUGUGACAAAAACAAGAAGCGGAAAAUAAUGUACAUUUUAAGACGUAGAACCAAACAAUACGUGUGUGUGGUGUUGCGCUUGCGAUUUUUUUUUUAGUUGGCAAGAUUCUUAACGUAUGGCAAAGUUAAGAGAUUCUAUAGAUUUAGCAUGA